GGGCUCCUCAAGGCGGAGGUGGUGAAGGUGAUCGAGGAGCUUGGCCCCGCCUUCAGCCCCGUCUGGAGCUCGGGCGAGCUGAAGCAGAUCAUCAAGGAUAACCUGUUCCCGCGGAACGAGGCGGAGGCACAGGGGGCCGUGAAGGGCAUUAGCUCCAUGAAGAAGGCCGAGCGGAUCGGGGCGGCGACGGGGGUCGGGGCCCACAUCGCGCCGAACAUUGCGAGUGCCGCGCUCGAGUUAGCGAUGCGCAAGGCAGUCCUCCAGAAGACCGCGCCGGAGCCGACCGACUACAUGGGGUUCGGGAAGCGCGGUGCCAUGACCUACCAGCAGGUCCUGAUCCAGUUCCCGUCGUCCUACGCCAAGUGGGCCAAGAAGGAGGCGAACUCUGAGAGCAGCUGGGAGCUCGUCAGGUUUGUUUCAUGGCUCAACGAGACGGGAGUCGUCCAACUACAAAAGCAGAUGGCCAAGGACCAUGUGGAUGUCCCGGUGGAGCCGACCAUGGCUCGAUGGGGCGCGAGGUCAUCUCGCCAUGGGGCAGUGGACGUUCUGAUGGAGGACGAGCUCGCGGAGGAGGAGAAGCAGGCCGCGGACCUGAAGGAGAAGCAGGUCAACCGCCGCGUCCAGGAGGAGGUGCUAUCAGCGCUAGGCCAGCUGAACCAGAGGUGCAUCAAGGAGACCAACCACACCGAGGACCUCGAGGCGCUACUCGCCCAUGGAGGGGUCAAGCUAAUGGAGGUGGCCUGCAGUCCAGCCUCCAUCACGAGCGCGAAGAUGGCGGCGAAGAUGGCCUCUGAGGGUCCAGGAGGUCAUCGGCAUGGCGAGCUCACAGGAGGUGGACUCACAGCAUUCACGAGCUACUAUAUAGACGAGUUUGCGAAGAGGGCAGUGCGAGCCAUGAUUGAGGAGGGUGCGCCCGACUACCGCGAGUUCAUGAGGGGCCUGACUGAUGCCCGGGCGCCGGAGGAGCAGGCCUUAAACGCAGGCAAAGAUAACGACUUCAUGGGCAUGGACCAGAGCUCCAAGGAGUACCAGCAGAUCAUGCGAUGGCUCACCUCUGUGCGUAGAGGAUCGGGCCACAGUCCGAAGGCCUCCAUGCUGAACGCGCUGAGGAGGAAGAGUGUGUGCCCUCAGGUGCUGCGCGUGGCGGAGGACUUCCAGAGCGUUGCCUGUGCUGAGGUGAACCACCACCGACCGACGCAUACGCCAGUCAGCCUCGAAACCAUACCCCCAAAGUGGAAGCGCAUCCAGGCCGACCAGUUCGAGUGGGAGCAACCUCGGAAGAAGAUCAAGUCCCAGUUCUCACUGGUCAUCGACGAGAACUGUAAGGUGAGGAAUCCAGUGUGGGCCGACCUGAAGAGCUUUUACGAGGAGCGGUGGUUGCGAUACUUCGGGAGGCCUCGGAGGGUCAAGGUGGACCCUGAGGGCUCGUGGAUGUCAAAGCAGGCCCACUGGCACACCGUCUUGGCGGAGGAGGCUAUCCUGGCCACGAGAAGAACGAUGGACAGGCUCGUGGCGGAGAACCCGGAGAUUACCACCGAGGAGACCUCGACGUCCACCUCUUUGAUAUUGACUUUCACGAGCUCCCCAUACGUCGAGGCCCACCGGGUUGACAAGAAGUACGGCGAGAACUACACGAAGAUGUACGCCACAGAGCAGGAGUACCUGGGGCAGGUCUACCGGCGACGGAUCAGCCGGGCGGAGGACGCGAAGAACCAGGCGCUGAAGGCUGUGUCCCCUGGCAUGUGGGUGCGCUACGUCCGCAAGGAGAAGGGCGAGACCCGGGGCCAGUUCAAGGGCUUCGCGCGGGUGCUCGCUGCGGAGACCAGUCGCCCGGCGGACGGUGACCUCGGGGAGAACCAUACCUUGCAUCCAGGACGGGCUGGGCCAGUGGUGUGGCUGGUCCGGGCAGGCCGCAUCAUCAGGGUGGACUUGUGCCAGAUCCAAGCAGCGUCGGCGCGUGAGAUCGCUUGCGCGGAGCUCAUGGGCGGCAGGGACACCCCAUGGACGGUGCACACCUUCAUGAAGCAGGCAAUGAAGCAGGAGUGCCUGGACUUCUGA